UGAUGGCGGUGCCGUACAACUGGCCGCCGUUGGCCGUCUACCUGUGGUUGUUCGGCGCGGCGGCGGCGGCGGCGGCGCAGACGGCCCCGCCGCCUCAGCUGCUGAGCAUGCGGCCGGACCACACGUCGGUGCGGCGGGUCUACCUGGAGGGCGGGCUGCUGAAGGUGGCCGAGGGCACCCGCUUCAAGCUGCGGCUGUACGGCAGCGGCCUGAGGCGCAGCGGGUUGCUGGGCGACCGAGGCCGCGGCCUGGCCUUCGCCGAGCUGGGCGGCGGCAGGGGCGGCCAGAGCGACCAGUGGCUGUGCCGGCAGGACAACUCGGACAUCGGCGUGGUGAGCCUGACGGUGGGCGAGCGCACGGCCACGGUGGAGCUGGAGGCCCGCUUCCUCAGGAAGGGCGACACCGUCAAGUAUUACACGCUGUGCGCCCGGGUGGGAGGCCCCGACGCCCGGGACUGGGUGCACUUCAGGCGCCCGGACUUCCACCUGGUGGUGGUGGAGAAGGAGAAGACCACCAGCGUCAAGUUCAAGGUCCUCGUCACCUUGCUCUUCGUCUGCCUCUCCACCCUCUUCAGCAUCCUCAACCUCAGCCUGAUGGCUCUGGACCCGGUGGAGCUGCGGGUCAUCAAGAACAGCGGCACCGAGGAGGAGAAGAAAUACUCGGAGCACAUCGAGUCAGUGCGCAAGCACGGAAACUACCUGCUGUGCACGCUGAUGCUGGGGGAUGUGCUGAUGAACUGCUCCUUGACGGUGUGGCUCUGCGAGAUCAUCAACACCACUUGGCUGACCAUCUUAGUUUGCACCGGUUGCAUCUUUUUCUUCGGCGAGAUCAUCCCUUACGCCGUCUGCUCCAGACACGGCUUGGCCUUGGCUUCCAACACCAUCUGGGUGACUAAAUUUUUCAUGAUACUCUCGUUCCCGGCUUCGUACCCCAUCAGCAAGCUUCUGGAUCUAAUACUGCACCAGCAGAUCAGUAACUUCUACACCCGGGAAAAGCUGAUAGAGAUGCUUAGGGUGACCGAUCCUUACAACGACCUGGUGAAAGAGGAGCUCAACAUUAUCGAAGGAGCCCUUGAGCUCAGGAACAAAACGGUUGAGGACGUGAUGACACCUCUGAGCGACUGCUUCAUGCUGAGCUCUGAUGCUGUCUUGGAUUUCGCCACCAUGUCCGAAAUCAUGCAGAGUGGCUACACGAGGAUACCUGUCUAUGAGAACGAGCGCUCAAACAUUGUCGAUAUACUUUUCGUCAAAGAUCUGGCAUUUGUGGAUCCGGAUGACGGGAUGCCUUUAGCAAUCAUGACCAAGUUUUAUAACCAUCCUCUUCACUGCGUGUUUAAUGAUGCAAAACUGGACGAGGUGCUGGAAGAUUUUAAAAAAGGUAAAUCUCAUCUGGCAAUUGUACAGAAAGUCAACAAUGAGGGAGAAGGUGAUCCUUUCUAUGAAGUGCUGGGUAUCAUCACACUGGAAGAUAUAAUUGAAGAACUGAUAAAAUCAGAGAUCCUGGAUGAAACAGACAUGUACACUGACAAUAGGACAAAGAAGAUAGCCUACAGAGAACAAAAACCACAUGACUUUUCACUGUUCAAAGACUCUGAGGCAGAUCUAAGGACCAAGAUUUCCCCUCAACUUUUACUUGCAACUCACCGAUUUUUAGCAACAGGGAAAGGUGGAAGUUGAAAUAAGCAAAGAAGCCUUAAAAUUUGAAAAUGGAGCUUUCACUUAUUAUGGAGUUCCUGCACUUACAACUGCAGUUUCCUCAGAUCACAAGGAUGCAGUACGUAAAUGCAGUAGCAGCGACCCAGAUGGACAGCUCACCCCAGAGCCCUGAAGUCGAAUUAGUCAUAACGGAAUUAUCAAGUAAAGAGCCAGGCCCCGAAACCACAACAACAACAAAUUCUUUGAAUGAGAAGAACCUUGUGAUUCGUAAGUCACUGAGACAUAACACUGAUGAUGAAAAUUAAAUAUAGUUUACUUGGAUCCUCUGAGCCCUUGAAAGUAUAUCUAGCUUGGAUGUCAGCACGAAGCAUUCUGGCUUUUGGUUUCUAAUUUAUGGAUGGGAAACGGAGAGUUAAGACCAGCUAUCCACUCAACGUUACUGAAAACAAAUUAUUUUUAUACCACAGUUUAUGGCUGCAGUUGCUGUUGUAUUUGAUACCUUUUAAACUUCAUAUCCAUGACCAUGCAAGCUUGGUUGUUUGCCUUGCUUAUUGUCCACUGUGCCUUAAACCCUGCACUGACUCCUCUUGCACAAUGUCUGCGGCUUCACAUUGAAACAUUAAAGCCUUAUGAACGGUUUUUGACUAUGAAGAAUGCUGAUUGCAAAAGCCCUUGGAAUGCUGCAAUGCAAUGCAAUACACUACACAGGCAGCCAAUCAGAUGGAAUGAAAAGCCCAACUGGUCCAUUUUUCUUGGGAAUAGAGCCAGAGAAUAGCUCUGAUACAACUGGAUUGAAGAUUAAACAAUCUGGUGAAAACGUCGGCACAAACGUUGAUCUGAGGUCAAUAGUCC